AUGAGCUUCCAGGGACACAACAACAGGAGGUCACCGUCGGCAAACGAUGAAGCUGGAAGCAGCAGCGGCACAAGAGGCCCAAUCUCGGUCAAUCCGCGGGCAGCUGCUACAUCAUCACCUAAUAUCGUCCUGGAGCUGCCCGCCCAAAAUGUGCACGGAGUCCAAAACACUGCAGGCCACGGGCAGCAGGAGGGCAGCAGCAGCCAACAAAGUGGAAAUGCUGGAGGAAUGAGGGAGGAGGAGAAUAUCAUUAUAACCCCUCAGCCGGGAUUGCCAUCUUUGGAUGUGGUUAGGGCAGCGCUUCAAAAUGCGCCGGUCCCAACCACUCCUGAUGAUGAUGCCACCGCUUUGGCCGAGGCUGAUUCCUUCUUCCGGCAAUACUUGCUGUCUUCAUCUUCAUCAUCGUCAUCCGACGAGGAGGACGAAGACAUUAAGGCGGUUCGGCGUGCAGAUAUUCGCCGCCAAGUUGUGGCAGCGUAUCAGCCAUGUAUCCCGGCAACUUACAGGACAGAUGAUAUCAGAUCGAAUAAUGAGGUUGCUGAGCGAUCAAUGGAUUGGUAA